UUUCUUUUCCUUUUAAUUAAUUAUCCCCAAAUAAAUUUAUCUGCGCUCUUCCUCCCUCGCAACCACAAAUCUCGGUUUUGUUAUGCCGUGGCUGUCAACGGCGAAGCGAAUGCCCGACGCAGUGAUGAAGAGCGGCGCGAUUGUGGAGGAACGCUACGUCUACGACGAAGAGGCGCAUCUCACUGUGCGGAAAACCUCUCUCUUUUUCGCCGGCGACGGCUUCACUGCUUACGAUUGCAAAGGCGAGCUCGUCUUCCGAGUCGACUCGUACGGUCCCGACGCCGGCGAUACUGGCGAAGUCGUUCUCAUGGACGCUUCCGGAAGAUGCAUCCUCACCGUCCGCCGCAAGAGGCCGAGCCUGCACCAGCGGUGGGAGGGCUUCGUCGGCGACGGAGCGGACGGGAAGAAGCCGCUGUUCAGCGUGCGGAGAUCCUCGAUAAUCGGACGGUCGAGCAUGACGGUGGAGGUGUAUUCGAAACCAGGCGAGGAGUACCAGAUCGAAGGCUCCUUCGGCUGCCGGAAUUGCAACAUUUUCAACAACGAAAAAGCGAUCGUGGCGGAGGUCCGGCGCAAGGUGGACGCGACCACAAACGUGGUGCUCGGCAAAGACGUGUUCGUGCUGUCGCUGAAGCCAGGGUUCGACGGCGCCUUCGCCAUGGGGCUGGUGCUGAUACUCGAUCAGAUCUACGGCUCCGACGAAGACGACGAUGCCGACGGAAGCCUCAACGGAAACAAGGUCGGGGUGGAGCCCACCAGUGAGAAUCCCUCUCCCUAAGUUUGGAAUAUUUUUGUUGAUACACUUUGCAAUGCAACAAAAGCUCCCCUAAAUUUCACAUAAACAACUCUUUUUAGCCUCUUGUUUGUAUCAAUGGGGAAUUUGUUGGUAUAUAAGUAUUUAUUUUCCUUUUAA